AUGUACCCUAGGCAGGAGGACGCGCUUCCGCAAAACUGCCCACAGCGUCUCGUGCGCUCCUGGUCCUUCGAGGCCUUCUUCGCCGUAACUAACACAAUCCUGCUGGGAGUGCAGACAGCGUGGAUGGCCGAACACUUCGCAAGUGGCCUGCCCGUGAUAUUUGUGGUCCUGCAGGUGAUUUACACAGUCAUUUUCACAGUGGAGGUCGUGCUGCGGCUUUGGGCUGAUGGCUUCCAUGGCUUUGCUUGUGCACCACAUUGGCCGUGGAACAUGCCACUUUCUGAGAAUCAUUAA